AUGGAUCAUGUUAAUUACACCUGGACCCAGACUUUCAUCCUUGCUGGUUUCACUCCCACUGGUACCUUGCAACAUCUUGCAAUCUUUGGGACUCUGUGCAUCUAUCUCCUCACACUUGCAGGGAACUUGUUCAUCAUUAUCCUUGUUCAAGCGGAUUCAGGACUGUCCACUCCCAUGUACUUCUUUAUCAGUGUCCUCUCCUUCCUGGAACUCUGGUAUGUCAGCACCACAGUGCCCACCUUGCUACAUACCCUGCUCCAUGGACAUUCACCCAUCCCAUCAGCUGCAUGCUUUUUCCAGCUGUAUGUCUUCCACUCCUUGGGCAUGACUGAGUGCUACCUGUUAGGUGUCAUGGCUCUGGACCGCUACCUGGCCAUCUGUCGCCCACUCCACUACCAUGCUCUCAUGAGCAGACAGGUACAGCUACGGCUAGUUGGGGUGACAUGGGUGGCUGGCUUCUCAGCUGCCCUGGUACCCGCCAGUCUCACUGCCACUUUACCCUAUUGCUUGGAAGAGGUGGCCCAUUAUUUUUGUGACCUGGCACCACUAAUGCAGUUGGCAUGUGUGGACACAAGCUGGCAUGCUCAGGUUUAUAUUGUUGUGAUUGGUGUGAUCAAUACGUGCAACCUUGUCCUCAUCUUGACCCUCUAUGGAGGUAUUGUGAAAUCUGUGCUGAAACUGCCUUCAGCUGCUAGUCGGGCCAAAGCCUUCUCCACCUGUUCAUCCCACAUAACCGUUGUGACACUGUUCUUCGGCUCUGCCUUCAUUGUCUAUGUCGGGCCACCGGACAUUCGAGCUGAGGGCAGAGGCAAGCUUAUUGCCUUGGUAUACACUUUUCUCACCCCUUUCCUCAACCCCAUUAUUUAUACCCUUCGCAAUAAGGAAGUGAAAGAGGCUGUGAAGAGGGUCUCACAGAGGGUUAAGGCUUUGCUGAAUUGA